GGCCCCAGCGAUGGGGGUGGGCCUGAGCGGGGCGGCUCCAUUCGGCUCUGCAGGGGCAGCCCCGCGGGGGGUGCUUUGAGCGCUCCUGGAUGUCUCAGGGGGUGCGGUGCGCGCGUCGUGAGGCGCACCGAGUUGGUAGGCUGCAGAGCUGGGGCCCGGAGCGCAGAGUUCUCUCCGGGCUGCUGGGGGAGGCCUCCAGCUCACCCGCUCCGCUCAGUAAGAAGGUUUAGCAGCCCACAGGCAGCUCCUCCUUAGUUCUCAGCGCGUUUUGUAAAAGGCACGAGGACGAUCACCCCCAUUUAAUGGCCAGAGAAACAGAGGCGCUGAGGAGGAAUGGAACAAAACCAACAGCAAAGUGAGAGCUGAGCAGUGAGCGGGGCUGUGGCAGGAGAGGCCGAGUCUCUGAAACCCCUCGGCGGCCCAUGGCCAGGUGUGUCUCAGACUGGGCAGUGACUGCCUGCUCCUCAGCAACGGAGAGCCAGGUCUGAAAGAGCCCCAGGAGAGGACGGACUGGCUGGGACAGGGAUGAGUUCUGGGAGGUGAUAAGUGAUGAACAUGGAAUUGAUAUUGCCGGAAACUACUGUGGGAAUGCAUCGCUGCAGCUUGAGCGAAUUAACGUGUACUUCAAUGAGGCUUAUUCCCAUAAAUAUGUGCCCCGUUCUAUCUUGGUGGACCUGGAGCCUGGUACAAUGGACAGUGUACGAUCUAGCAAAAUAGGCCCACUGUUUCGACCUGACAAUUUUAUUCAUGGUAAUUCAGGUGCUGGAAACAACUGGGCUAAGGGCCAUUACACAGAAGGAGCUGAGCUGAUUGAAAAUGUCAUGGAUGUGGUCAGGAACGAGUGUGAGAGCUGUGACUGCCUGCAGGGAUUCCAGCUCAUCCAUUCGCUUGGUGGUGGUACAGGCUCAGGUAUGGGCACACUCCUCAUCAACAAAAUCAGGGAAGAAUAUCCCGACAGAAUUAUGAACACUUUCAGCGUUGUUCCUUCACCCAAAGUAUCUGACACAGUUGUAGAGCCCUAUAAUGCCAUCCUCUCCAUCCAUCAGCUAAUAGAGAAUACAGAUGAAACCUUUUGCAUCGACAACGAAGCACUAUAUGAUAUAUGUUUUAGAACUUUAAAGCUCACCAAUCCCACCUAUGGUGACCUCAAUCACUUAGUGUCCCUAACAAUGAGCGGUGUUACAACCUCACUCCGUUUUCCUGGUCAGCUGAAUGCAGAUCUGAGGAAGCUGGCUGUUAACAUGGUGCCCUUUCCUCGCCUGCAUUUCUUUAUGCCAGGCUUUGCUCCGCUAACAGCGCGAGGUAGCCAGCAGUACAGAGCCCUCUCAGUGCCAGAGCUUACUCAACAGAUGUUUGAUGCACGCAACAUGAUGGCAGCCUGCGACCCCCGUCGUGGGCGUUAUUUGACUGUGGCGUGCAUCUUCAGAGGCCGGAUGUCUACCAGAGAAGUGGAUGAACAGUUGCUGUCUGUCCAGACCAAGAACAGCUCCUACUUUGUGGAGUGGAUCCCUAACAAUGUCAAAGUGGCUGUGUGUGACAUACCACCGCGAGGACUGAAGAUGGCAGCUACCUUUAUUGGCAAUAACACAGCCAUUCAGGAGCUCUUCAUCAGGGUUUCUGAACAGUUUUCAGCUAUGUUCAGAAGAAAAGCGUUUCUCCAUUGGUACACUGGUGAAGGCAUGGAUGAGAUGGAGUUUUCCGAAGCAGAGGGAAACACCAAUGACCUUGUUUCUGAGUAUCAGCAGUACCAAGAUGCCACUGCAGAUGUUGAGGAAUAUGAAGAAGCGGAAGCUAGCCCAGAAAAAGAAACAUAGAAACAAUGGAGGUAUAAAACAUUCUCCAAGUAAGCCUGUUGUCAUUCACUAAAGGAAAAACAUUAGCCACAAGCUGCAUACCAAAAAUAACACCUUCCUUAAGAUUAUUUUCCUCUCCAAAAUUACAGUACUGUGCUUUUGAAAUUAACAGCAGGUAUGGUCUACUUUCCUCUCUACACUAAAUGACUCCCAGAAAGGAUCCACUAUGAAGACAGGUUCCCUCAUAACCGUCUUCUAAAUGUAUUCCCUUCUGGAAUACUAUUGCUAGAUGCUGCAUGUAAUAUGCAGACAGUGUGUGUGUGUAUUAGGGUCACAAGCAAUAGCAAAAGAUGUUAUAAACUCAUCAAAUUUACUUAUUUUCAGGUAACCAAAGUCCAUGUUUUGUCUGUGAACUUGCUACUGCGUUGGGAACACACAUUUGUAAGGCCUAUAAAGGCAAUAUGUCGUCAUGCACUCUAGAGAUGGAUCUAGAGCUGUCAACAAUUUCAGUUCCUUUAGCAGCAGAAUGAAGGGGAAAAACAAAAGACUAAAUAUUCUUUUUUUUUUUCUUUUAAGAGGUUCUAUUUUAAUAGUCCUGUCACAUUGCUGGUUUGCAUUAUUGCAGAGCUUGUACUCAUUUAGUGGUUUAUUUCAAUUUCAAACUAUAGCUUCAGUUAUACUAGCAUACCAAAUUGCAAACAGUGUUUAACAGUUUUGGUGUGGUGUUUUGGUUUUUGUUUCCCUCCUUCUAUGUAGUAACUAUUAUAAAUUUUCUUCCUAUCACUCAGUACAGCAACAGAUGGAAUGGUUUGCAGCUAAAUAAGAGAUGUAAGUUCAAGGGCAAUCACUAAAUAAGAAAAAUACCUUGAGGAAGAAAAAUAUGCCUUUCACAGCCAUCUAAAUAACAUUGCAUGUAUAAUAUUCCUUGAAAUAAAAAUAUAUAGCAUUCUGUAAAAUACUUCAACACCUGAAAAACGUAGUAGGCAAAAAUCAUAGUUUGUAACGACUAACAUGCACUUAAAAAUUGUUACUUGAAAAAAAAAAAAGCUUGUUUUACUCAGGAGAGAUUCUGUUGUACUCUAAUGAAAGCCACACCUCAUGUUUUAGUCUUCUGUAUUGUAGUCAGCAGUAGAAGCAUCCAGGUAAACACAUCUGAAUCCAGCUAUGGAAGUACAUUAUCUUCCUUCCUAUGCACAGGGACAAUAUUAUACUUGCUGCUGAGAUACACAGCAGCAGAAACAUCCAUCUUCACUUGGUUAGGGGAAAUGACUGUGUUCCCCUCCGUUCCCACUGCUUCCUAGUGAAUCCAUGCCUGCUCCCUCACAGGGAAAGUGACAAAGUGCUAACAGGGACAGUAAUACAGUCCAGAGCCUUCUGCACUUCCCUUCCCACCCCAUACAGGGAGCCACCUCCAACUCCUGAUUCCACUGAUCAUGGUCCAGACAGUCUUGGAGAUGGAUCAAAUGCAACACCUCCAUGGAGAAGUAUUCUACUUUGUUUUCCCUUAAACCUAAGUGACACCAAAAUGCCUUUGGCUGAAAAAAUUUAUUCUGAGCACAAAAGCAUUCAUUAUGGAAAUGAAGCAGGCAAAAAAAGUUUUAAACAGCAGUUACAUCUCUCUCUUAUUUAUAGACCUGAAAUAUCAGCAUGAAAGCCAAGAAGAGAUCUGUCUUGACAAUAAACAUCUGUUGCAAACAAA